AUGGCAAAUAUCAGAUCAUUUACUGUCCAUAUUUCCGACACUCUCCUUGAGGAAGUUGAAACGAAGCUCAGGGUCGCCCGUCUCGAUGAGCGCAUGGGUGAAGUGGAAUGGAACGACCUAGAGACUGGGCAUGCCGAAUUCAAGCAACUUGUAGAAUUCUGGCGGGAUGAGUAUGACUGUAGAAAAUUCGAAGGUUUCCUGAAUACGUUUCAUCAUUACAAGACGGCGAUACAAGUUCCUGGUUUUGAGGCAUUGGACAUUCAUUUUCUGCAUCACCCAUCGUCACGGGCGGAUGCAAUUCCUUUACUGUUCAUUCAUGGAUGGCCAGGGUCCUUUCUGGAAUCACUGAAGAUCAUACCAUUGCUCACGGAGCCCCCAGAAGGACAGCAGGCGUUCCACGUCGUUGCACCAUCUUUACCCUGA